GUUAUUAUGCAUUCAAAAGACAUUUUUUCAUGCUUUGAAACAUCUGUCUUGGCUUUCUAUGUCUGCUUCAGGUUAUCUAGCACCAUCACCCGAUUGGUCCAACUUUCUCACCACCCACCCAUAAAAAGAAAAGUCAGGCAUUUCCUCGCGGGGCAGUCCAGUCCGGUCAGUGCUAACGGGACUAGCGGACACCUCACUGAUAUUCGGGACUUUUCUAUUAUUCUUGUGUUUGUUGAUUUUAGGGUUCUGAAUUUGGACCUGUCUAUUCGAGUUUUAGUACAUUUGGAUUUUUUUUUUUACUCACUUCAAUCCAGGGUACAACAUGGCGCACACGUGCAGGCAGGUGAGCGGAAGUGUGGCGAGCUGCGCGGGUUGGGUGGGCCUCAUCGUGGCCACGGCCACCAACGACUGGGUCAGAACCUGCGACUACACCGUGGCCACCUGUGUCCGCAUGGACGAGUUGGGGUCCCGCGGCCUGUGGGCCGAGUGCGUCAUCUCUCCAGCCCUUUACCACUGCGCCGCCCUCAGCCAGACCCUUAAUCUGCCUGCUUACAUCCAGACAUCCCGCGCUUUGAUGGUGUGUGCGUGUCUUCUGGGGCUUCCCGCCAUGCUGUUGGUCCUCAUGUCCACUUCCUGUGUGCGGCUGCUGCAUGACUCCUCCACCAUUAAGCAGCGGCGGGCCCGGGUGGGCGGCAGCCUCUUACUGCUUAUGGGGGUCUGCGGCCUGGUGUCCACCGUCUGGUUCCCCGUUGGCGCUCACCAAAAUGAGGCUCUGAUGUCAUUCGGCUUCUCGCUCUACACCGGCUGGGUGGGCGUGGCGCUCUGCUUCCUGGGUGGCUCGGUGGUUUUGUGUUGCCACGCCCCCACCGACCCGGGGGCCUUCAGCAGGGAGAGCAGCUUCUUCUACUCCAGACAGCGAGGGGGCGCCGUCGUAAUGGACCGUCCGGCCAACCACGCCAAGAGCGAACAUGUGUGAGGGCGCGUGACCGAGAU